CUGCAUAGUAAUAGAGGACCCAUUUGUCAUACCUCUCUUACAUCUUGACCUUUGUCGCGUGGACCAUCACCGUUUGUUGUUUUUCGGGUCUCAUCUCUAUUCAUCUUUGUCGACGUGAUCAAUAAACAUAGCACAUAGCCGAGGGUAUAUUGCAAAUUUACGUUUACGUGUUUCGGCCUUUCACUCGUUUUGCCUUAUCACCACUGAUUGAAACUAUACUAGCCAUCAAACAUGUCUGACGUGGUCUUCACAACUACCACCACUACCACUACUACAACUACGUUAGCGCCUACAUGGGAUCUAGUAGAGGCUACUAUUGCAGAGAACUUUGUUCGCUAUUUGGAUAGCUUGGGAAACCUACCCGGUGGACAGAUCAUUUUGAGAUAUAUCAAGUCUUCGUACAAGAAUGAUCCGAUCAGAUCGUUGUUCGAAUUAGCAUUAUUUAUCUUUGCAUUGAACUAUUUCCUCUCGUCCAAGAAGAAGGAAAACAAGUCGGAAUUGGUGAAGUUCUCUCAAAGAGAAAUCGACGAGUUGUGCGACGAAUGGGUACCUGAGCCAUUGAUCAAAGAGUUAUCAGACUUGGAAAAAUGGCAAAUGUACUCUAUUCCCACCAUUGAGGGCCAUAAUGGUUCACAUGUUACUAUCAACAAUAAGAAGGUUGUUAAUUUAGCUUCUUCUGACUUCUUGAACUUGAAUGAAAGUGAAUCAGUAAAGGAAGCUGCUAAAUCCACUAUUUCUAACACGGGUGUUGGUGCGUGUGGUCCUCCAAACUUCUACGGAACGCAGGAUGUUCACGUCAGAUUGGAAGAAGACAUAGCCAAGUACUUGGAUGGCGAAAACUCCAUCCUUUAUGGCCAGGAUUUUGUCACUGCCGGUUCCGUUAUUCCUGCUUUCUUGAAGAGAGGUGAUUUGUGUGUAGUCGACAGUGGAGUUAACUUUGCCAUUCAGAAAGCCUUGAUAGUUAGUCGUUGUAAUAUCGAAUGGUACGAUCAUAACGACAUGGACCACUUGGAAGAGAUAUUGACCGAAAUCAAGCCGGUUAUGGACAAGCAAAGGCCCAUUAGAAGAAGAUUUAUCGUCACUGAGGGCUUGUUUGCUAACUCUGGUGAUGUCGUCAACUUACCUAGAAUAAUCGAAUUGAAGAACAAAUUCAAGUAUCGUUUGUUCUUGGAUGAAACAUUAUCUAUCGGUGUUUUAGGAGCCACUGGUAAGGGCGUAGUAGAACAUUAUGGUGUCCCAAGAGAGGAGAUUUCUAUUACCAUUGGUUCAAUGGCUAUGUCUUUUGCUUCAUCAGGCGGUUUCUGUGUUGGCGCAAAUCCAAUGGUUCUUCAUCAAAGAAUCCAAUCCAUUGCCUAUGUUUUCAGUGCUUCACUUCCACCGUACGCUGCUAAAGUAGCUUCACAGGCUAUCAAAGAAAUCACGUCUAACUUGAAUGCUGAUGGAAGCUCUGUGAUUGUCCUGCAAUUGCAGAAGAAGGUGACUUUUGCUUAUGAGAAAUUGGUGAGUCUUUCCAAGUCUAGUAAGUUUUUUGAGGUUGCUUCGGGCCCACACUCGCCUAUCAUUCACUUAGCAUUGAAUACUCAAUACCGAGAGGAAUUGAACUUGCCAACGUUAUAUGGUAGUCCCGUGUUCCUUUCCACAGGAAAACCAUCCAAAUUCUUAAAUGAAUUCGAUGAUUACUACAACAUUGAAUCGUUCCUUUUGCAAAAGGUGAUUGACUAUGUCCUUGACCACUCUUCCACUUUGAUUAGCAGAUCAAAGCUUAUUCUUGAACAUGAAAACUUGCCAGUUUUGGCUCCACGUUUGCAGAUCUACAUUAACAACGGUGUUACCACCGAAGAAUUAUCUAGAUUGGUUCAAAUCUUGCCAAUUGCAUUUAAUGAAGUCUUAAAGAAUGUCGACAGCGAGCUUAAGUUGAUCAGCUUAAACUCUGAAAUUGGCAACUACAAACCUCACUAUAUCAACUACUAAUUCCACUGGGUUUACCCAUUAAAUUGAUAUAAUCAUAUAGAAUAUUCCAAAUUCUCAACUGUCAUAAUUUAAAUAAUACAAUAACUAUUACCAUAUAAAUAAAUAUGUACAAUUUCAUU